UGCUGGAUUUUUGAGUCAACCUCAGGCCUGAAAUCUUCACACAACUCAGCCAUGAACUCUGCCGUCUACUUCCUCCUCCUGAUGCUGCCUCUGAUCUCUGCUCAGAUCACUCGAUGGGGUCCCUGUCCCACUCCACGUGUACAGCCCAACUUCAAACUUGACAAGUACCUUGGAAAGUGGUAUGAGAUUGAGAAGAUACCUACCUACUUUGCUCAAGGAAAGUGUAAUGAGGUAGACUAUUCACUGAGGAAAGAUGGUACCAUCAAGGUGGUGAACUCUCAGAUGUUUCGAAACAAAUUGAGAUCUGUUGAAGGGACAGCUGUGGUUCAGAACAAAACGGAGCCAGCCAAACUCGGAGUCAGUUUCUCAAAUUUUACUCCCUACAGCCCGUACUGGAUUCUAUGCACUGACUACACCAGUGUGGCCAUCGUUUACUCCUGUAUAGACAUUCUCCACCUGUUCAACUACCAAUAUGUCUGGAUUCUUGGACGCUCACAUACCCUGCCUCCAGUGAAAGUAAAUAAUGCCAAAAAACUGCUGCAGAGUAAAGGAAUUGACAUUUCCAGAUUGAACGCCACAGAUCAGUGCUGUAAUAAUUAA